AUUCAUCUAUUAUUACCAAUAAGAAAAGAACAAAACGAAGAAGAUCGCCAAGGCCAACAACCAAAAUGAUGACUUCCUUUCAUUAUUGAUCAAAACAAAAAGAAUAGAAGAAUCCUCUUAUUUUAUAUCUUUGGCUUUAAAAUCUGUAAAAGUAGCACAGAAACUAGCUAAUUAGUGAUGGGAGGAGAAGGACUAUCAGACCAAGAUGAGGAUCAUGAGGUUCCACUUCUGGAAUACCAACAUGCAUCACCACAAUCACCAUCGUCUUCUUCUUCGAAACACUUUAAGAGAACUGGGAGUUACUGGACAGCAAUAGCGCACGUACUAACAGCGGUGAUUGGGUCAGGAGUACUUUCAUUGGCAUGGAGCACUGCUCAGCUUGGUUGGAUAGCAGGACCCAUAGCUCUGUUCAGUCUAGCAGGGAUCACACUUGUAUCUGUUUCCCUCUUAUCAGACUGUUACAGGUCACCUGAUCCUGAAUUUGGCGUCAUCAGGAAUCGUUCCUACACCAUGGCCGUCAAGUAUUAUCUAGGUAAGCAAACAUUAAUCGAAAUCAUGCCUACCUACUCUUCUUCUUUUUUUGAAAUCGAUAUCUACCUAAUGACUUCAUUUAACUUUUUAGCUAAUGUUCCCACACUCUUCCCCUUUAUCUUUUUUUCGUGACUUUCUUUUUCUCUUUGCGUCUUAGAGUUGAAUCGAAUCAAAAUGAGUUAAUAUCCAGUACAAUCAAACCUGCUGCACUCUUGAAAUUAGCUUGAACACCAAGGGCUUCGUAUGUGCCUGUCAUUUGUCAUCGUUAAGAGGGGUGAGUCGGGUGACCCUCUGAACUCUGAAGGGGGUCCGUCCCUGUAGAAAGCUAAAUUAACGAAUGGGGCCGGUGAUCAAUUUGCCUGCCUGCCUUAUGAUAUUCUCAAUCACUGAACGAAAAUGAUACCGCCAGUCACCGUUGUGCUAAUCAGUAUGGUUACUGCCUUUUGAUCUCCAGUGGUAUGAAAAAAUAGAACUAGUGCUUGAAAAACAUUGACAUGUGGAAGUUGACAAAACUUACCGUUUUAAUAUGUGGAGUACAUUGUUCCCAACGUCAACGAGCAUUCACAACUAACAUCAGUACCUGUUAACAAGUAACGCAACUACCAACCAGCUGUGGAAAUAAGUUGACCGUGACUUGAGCCCAACUACAGCCCAUGAGGUGCCAAAUGAAUUUGCCUGCCUCUAACCAGAUCUCCAUAUCUACUACUCCUUCCGUCCCUAAUUAGAUGAGCUAUUUGUAGUUUGCACAAAUUUUAAGACAAGGAGGAAAAUGGAGUAUAUUUGAGUAUUUUCUACAACUAUACCCUCAUGAACAAUAAUUAGUAAAAUUUAGAAACGAUUUAUCUCU